GAGCGAUAUUUGUUAGACUCGGUUGAGCGCCAUUUCGAAGUUUAUACGCAUUACACACUUGACCAGACAAUCGCUUAAACCACUUGCUUGAUGCAAAUCUAAAAGUACAAGUUAACAUCCUACCCACCAGAUGAAAUGUCCAUAUCAAGGUUCUUAGAAAGUGGAAUUACUUCAGAGUUUUCAGAGUUGAAUAUUUCUGAAGAAAAAGAGAACAUAGACGUACUUACACCACGUGCAAUGAAAAGAUGCAGUCGCAAAAAGACAUCCAACACGGUGUCUAACAAGUUCGAUGAAAAACUGGUUGAAAAUACAAAUCAAUCAGAGUCCUUAGACGCCUACUUCUUACAACAUGGGGAUUUCAUGAACGGUAAAACAAGUAAUCAUACCCUGUCCAAACUUCGUGUUGGAAAUCAUCCUGGAAUACCUGAUCCAGUCGCUCUUGAGCAAUUUCGUAAUUCUUAUCAACCUAAACAGUUGCCUAUUUUGGAGAAAUUGCGGUCAGAAUUAGGUACACGCUUGUUUAGUAAUUGGACAAUUUAUUUGCGUGAAGGAUUUAAUAUUCUAUUAUAUGGAAUCGGAUCCAAACGACAUGUUAUGGAGGAUUUUCGAAAGCGAUAUUUAUCUAAAACAAAUUGUAUUGUGAUUCCAGGUUAUAAUCCUUCGAUCAAUAUACGACAAAUAUUAAAUUGUAUCUGCCAUGAAUUCUUGCAUGUUGCAGAUAGUUGUAAAAAUCCAACUGAACAACUUCAAUUGAUAUGUGACUUAUUCAAAAAAGAUGAGGCUGAAAAGUCACCAUUAUUUCUACUUCUAAACAAUAUUGAUGGUCCAGGUUUACGCAAUGGUAAAGCUCAAGCUAUUUUAGCUCGAUUAGCUGAAGUACAACAUAUUCAUUUGGUUGCUUCAGUGGAUCAUGCUAAUAUGCCUCUUUUAUGGUCUCACAAUGAAUUAGCUCGAUUUGCUUGGAUCUGGGAAGAUUGUACUAAUUUUUACAAUUACACUGAAGAGUGUAAUUUUGCAAAUAGUCAAAUUUUACAACAUAUUCUUAGUGGUGUUGAGGGUGGUGGAUCGGAUACAACUACUGGUGGUAGUGUUGGUACAAUGUUUGCUAGUCUACGUCAAGUAGCUGCUUCAUUAACACAAAAUGCACGUGAUAUAUUUCGUAUGAUUGUUGAAUAUCAAUUAGAGACACCGUAUCAAAAUGGUAGUAAAGGAACUGUUACAAAUGGAAUUGCUAUGGAGGAUUUAUAUUGGCGUUGUCGUGAUGCAUUUCUUACAAGUAAUGAGACAACAUUAAAAGCUCAACUAACUGAAUUUCGUGAUCAUAAACUAAUAAAAAUUAAAAAGGGACCGGAUGGCACUGAAUUCAUAUUCAUUCCAAUGGAUACAGAUAAUUUACAAAAAUUAAUGCAAAAUAUAGAUACAUUUCAAUAAAACAAUACUGUUAUGCUUCUUAUUUUAGUCACCAGUGCAUUUAUUCUUUGUGUUCUCUCAAAUCCUAAUCUUCUAGAUUCUUCAACUCUGUA